AUGUCGCCACCGAUGCAGACCGUCUGUACAAUUUGCAGGGAAAACUUUUCUGAGCGAGAUGAGGUACUUGUUGCCUCAUGCUCGCAUCGUUUUCAUAGAACUGGUUUAUUGUCGUGGCUGAAGAAAAACUCAUCUUGCCCACAGUGUAGAGCAUUAUGUACCAGUAGAGACUUCCACUCGAAUACGGGUGUUCGCACUAGAUCUCGUACUCCUGGUCUAGACACGUCAAAAACUGGUUCAAACAAUAACAUGAACUUACAGACUUCUAGCGAUACCACCCCACAACAACAUCCUCAGUCAGAAGGCGCUUGUGGUUUACCCAUUGCUGGAGGCGACACAACUAGCGUUAAAGAUAAAGAAGAAGAAAAUCGUGUUAGAAAUUUGGUUUCCGCAGUCAUAUCUGCCAGACACGCGGCUAUUUUCGAUAACUUAGAAAGUCAAGUUUCCCAACUCAUAGAACACCGGAUUGAAAGUACUUUGGCAAAUGUUUUAGAACGAAUGAAUUUGAACCACGAGCAACCGGCAGUCCGUGGUAGUAAUGUUAGCCCUGCUGCUAAUGCAUCAGCAGCCCAUCCUGCACCAAAUGGGUCUACACCAACGUGGCCUAGAGAUGCUCCUUCUUUAGUCAAUCUGAGUAAUCAGAAUUUUAUAAAUCAGAUUGAGAGUAGCCCAGCUAAUAGCCAGCUGGGAUGUUAA